AUGGAGCUGUCCCUGAAGCAGCAACCGCCGAUACGGCUGACGGAAGCGGCGGGCGGCGUACCUAAAGCGGAAAGGCUGCACCAGCCUGCUGUACCGGGCGCCGUACAGGAAUCGGAAAGGCUGGACCAGCCGGCUGUCCCUGAAGCAGCUCCGGAGGUACCAGCCACCACAGUAGAGGCGGUGGCCGCAGCCGAAGCAGCAGCCCCUAGGACGGAAGCGGCGGGCGGCGUACUUGAAGCGGAAAUGCUGCACCAGCCGGCUGUACCGGGCGGCGUACUGGAAGCGGCAAGGCUGCACCAGCCGGCUGUCCCUGAAGCAGCUCCGGAGGUACCAGCCACCACAGUAGGGAGCAGCACCAGAGGCGGUGGCCACAGCGGAAGCAGCAGCCCCUACGGCGGAAGCGGCGGGCGGCGUACCUAAAGCGGAAAGGCUGCACCAGCCGGCUGUCCCUGAAGCAGCUCCGGAUGUAC